AUGCAAACUUUAGUUUUACUUAUCUCCACUUUGUUGCUCACCCAAGUAUUUAGUAAUGGUGGCAGUAAUGUGGUACAUGGUUUAACAUUUGGAGUUAUUGGCGAUUGGGGUUUGGGUGGUUAUGCAAGUGCAUGGAAUUCGGAAAUUAUUUCCACCCGACGAUAUGCAGAAGUAUGUGGAAAACUUGGCUGUAAUUUUACAAUCAGUGUAGGGGAUAAUUUCUACUGCGGUGAUCUCUCCUACUGUAUACGACAUUCAUUUGAGGAAGACAUGAAAAACAUCUCGGGUCCAUUUUUUCCCUCUAGAGGAAAUCAUGAUAAUUUAGGUGGACAACUGGCGUAUGCGAAGCGGAAUCCCCGCUGGUAUUGGCCGAGUCCUUAUUAUACUGUGAAGCUUCCUAUAGACGAUACGGGAUACACUGUUCAACUAUUUGCGGUGGACACAGUGGACCGUUCUCUGCAGGGUGGUCAUCAAUACAAUUGGUUGGUGAAGGAGCUACAGGCGAGUGAUGCACGGUGGAAAAUUAUCUUUGGACAUUAUCCCACGGCUGGAAGUGGGCGCCACCGUCGAAUGAAGAUGGUAAGUAAGUUGAAUUGGAUUAUGAAAGAAUAUAAUGCCCAGGUGUACUUUAGUGGUCAUGAUCACAUUGUGGAGGUGAACAAUUUGGAGGGGCGGGUGUUGGCGAUCAGCGGCGGGAUGUCCCGAGGGGCGAUGAUGGCACACGGCAUUGGCGGAUCCGCCCGUCGCUUUACCCUCACAAGUCCCAAUGAAUAUAGUCGCUACGUUCAGCCGUGGGCCAUUCACGGAUUUCUCACUGUUGAUCUCGCCCCCAACACUAUGAGUCUGCAGGUGUGGGCCUCUGGUGGUGGAAUGCAUUAUGAGUUUGUCGUCACACACGACUGGAUGCAGCGAGUGAUGGAGUUGCCACCGGAGGAACGUAAUUUUUGGCCUCCACCCGAAGUCGUACUGCAGUCGAUGAAGGAUGAACGGAAACUACCACCAGGACCAGGUGGAGGUAUCGUUUUUAACGCAGAUGGUACACGUAUGGGGUUUGAACAACAAGGGAAUAAUACCCCAAAUAAAGAUAAGAAUGAAACUACUCCAGGAAAUACGAACACUACUAAUACCACCAAUACUACAGAGAAUACUAGUAAUACUAGUAGAACCGACACCAAUACACCGGAAACACCAACAGUACCAGCGUUUAAACCAUUACCACCAGCAGCGGUUCCAGAAUACGUUAGAUACGCUCUUUCAACAGAGUGUGAAAAUUGUGACGGGAAACCGCGUGUGGGAAAACGAUUUACCCUUCACAUCAAUGGUAUUACUCUUGGUCCACAGCACAGAUUAUUCUUAACGAGUCGUGUGGAAGGUUGUGAGAUAACCGGUAUAGGAAGACAUUUACUCCCAGGAACGAGUGUUGAGACUCCACGGAGAAAUAUUUUGCAAUUCAAUGUGUCAAAGCAAGUGAACAAGGCCUAUGUUUGUUUAAGCAUUGAUGCUGGAGCCACAUAUGGCAAGAUUUUUCGUGAAGACACUCUUGAUGAAUCUAAUGUAUUUUCUGUGAUACCUGAAUAG